AUGUCUCGAUUUAAAUCUUAUAUCAAUCCACCAUCUUUCAAUACGAACCAAAAUGAACAAAAUAUAUCAAAUGAUUCAACAACAUUACCACCACUACGACAUAUAACACAAGUAAUAAAUUAUGUAAAUAUUAUUAUUUGUUUUUUCCUAUUGUUUU